AUGGUCAUGCUAAGGUGUGUAAUUGAAUGCGUCAUUUCUUGUGCUGGGAAGGACAUGAAUGCGUCUUUUCCAGAGCGCUCCUGUUUGAGCUUCAACAGCAAGUGUCUUGUAGCGUAUAUUGUAAUUUUUGUCCUGGGACUCGUCGGUCACUCUUUAUCUGUCUGCAUCUUCUUCAGCCAAUGGAGGACCCAGAAGAGUUUCACGCCAGUCAACUUGUUAAUGGUGAACCUGUUGGUAUCAGACCUGAUGCUGGUGUCCUCUCUGCCCCUGAGGGUCUCGUACUACAUACAGAACUCUCACUGGAUCUUUGGUCACGUCACUUGUAAAUUAAUCUCAUAUGUGUUUUAUCUGAAUAUGUACAGCUCUGUGUAUUUCCUAGUGGCCCUGAACAUCUUGCGUUACUUGGCGCUGGUGCGUCCGUACCUGUACAUACGCGUACAGACGCACUACGUUGCAGGUAUCGUGUGUGCUCUCAUUUGGCUCUUUAUGGGUUUAGCCUGCAGUCCACUGUUGUUCACUAAGAAAAAGCAUCAAGAAGAAGGCCGUUUUCGAUGUUUGGAGCUGGCGGAGGACAACGUGGACCAAUUGCUCCUCAUCAACAACGUUACGUUUCCAGUGGGCUUUGUGUUGCCUUUGGUGAUUGUUCUUUUCUGCUCGGUCUUGGUUGCGAAGAACCUUCUGAGGCCUAGUCCUGCACUCGGUAGGACCAGUCCUUGCAGGAAGAAGGCUUGUGCUCUGGUCAUCAUCAGCCUUGGGAUAUUUCUGGUGUGCUUUUUGCCGUAUCACGUAGUGCGGACGAUCUUCUUAACGUCUUAGUAGGGUUUGGGGUUUUUUUGGUGUGAUUUCUCGUGUGAAUCUAUUUUGGUAGUCCGUAAGGCUGCCGUUGUAGCGCAUUGCUUGUGCACGGCUAACAGUUGUCUGGACCCUAUUCUCUUCUUCUUCGUUGGAGAAAAUUCCCGAUCGUUCUUCGCUAAAUGGAUAGGAGGAAGAAAAGCCAGCACUUACGCUCCAGGGAGAAAUCUACAGCAGGAAGAGUUACAGGUUUUGCAGAACUGAAUG